UUAGUUGUGGCAACCUAAGUCACUCAACCAAACAACCCCUAUAUCACUCACUCACCUCUCGCUGCCUCAGCUCGCAACCAACAAACUCCUCCUCUUCUUCUUCUUCUCCUAGUACCCUUUCUGUCUCCUCACCGGCAAUCCUCCCGUCCGGCCACCGACGACACAAGAAAACCUAGCUACCUAGGUAGGACAGGAGGAGGGAUAUAUGGCGCCGGCGGUGCAGCAGCAGCAGAGCGGCGGCGGCGGCGGAUCGACGGGGGCGGCGGCGGUGGGGUCGACGACGCGGUGGUGCCCGACGCCGGAGCAGCUGAUGAUGCUGGAGGAGAUGUACAGGGGAGGGCUCCGGACGCCGAACGCGGCGCAGAUACAGCAGAUCACGGCGCACCUCUCGACGUACGGCCGCAUCGAGGGCAAGAACGUCUUCUACUGGUUCCAGAACCACAAGGCCCGCGACCGCCAGAAGCUCCGCCGCCGCCUCUGCAUCUCCCACCACCUCCUCUCCUGCGCCCACUACUACCACCACCACCUCGCCGCCGCCGCCGCCGUCGUUCCGCCGCCGCAGCUUCUGCCGCCGCUGCACCCCUCCUCCUCCUCCUCCUCCUGCGGCGGUGGCCUCAUCGACCACGCUAAUUCCCUUCUCUCCCCCACGUCGGCGACCACCCCCACCUCCGCCGCCGCAGCAGCAGCAGCAGCAGCUUACACCACCAGCUACUACUACCCCUUCACCGCCGCCGCCGCACCGCCACCGCCCAGGACGUCGCCGGCGGCGAGCCCCCUCUUCCACUACAACCAGGGAGGCGGCGGCGUGGUGUUGCCGGCGGCGGAGGCGAUCGGGCGUUCGUCGUCGUCGUCGGACUACUCGCUGGGGAAGCUAGUGGACAACUUCGGGGUGGCGCUGGAGGAGACGUUCCCGGCGCAGCCGCAGCAGCCGGCGACGACGAUGGCGAUGACGGCCGUCGUCGACACUACGGCGGUGGCGGCGGCGGCAGGUGGCUUCUGCCGGCCGCUCAAGACGCUGGACCUCUUCCCCGGCGGCCUCAAGGAAGAGCAGCAUGACGUCGUCUAGCCCUAAUUAGCUACUACUACUACUGCUCUUAAUUACUUUAUUAAUUAACAUGCAUGAUGGAUGGAUGGGUCGAUCCAUUAUUAUAUAUUAAUUAACCAUUUCUCUGUCUCCA